GCGGUAACAAGUACGCCGCUGUCCUCCUGGAACAGCUUAUCAGGCGUAUCUAUCUUUUAUUUCUCCUCCAACGUAACCACCACCACCACCACCGCCCUUGUUUGCUUGUUCUUCCCUUAUCAUGCACGCCGUACGGAACAGAGCGAAUUUGGCGAGGUCAAUCGCUCAGUCUAGAGCCCUAACGCGUCCUGUAUACGCCCAAGGACGACUGAUCCGGCGCGCUUUGGCCACCAGUGAAGCUCCCUCCGCCCAACAAGCUUCUGGACCUUCAACACCACCCCCGCCCCCACCUCAAUCAAGAUGGAGGAACUUCCUGCAAAUUCUUGGUCGCACAACUCUUAUCACUCUUGUCGGUACUACCGGCGCUUUCUACUAUAUCACACAGCGCGAGCGCCAUCCUGGCGCACAAAUGCCAUUCGACCCCGAAAAGAAGACGCUGGUUGUCCUAGGGAGCGGCUGGGGCGCAACAAGCCUCCUCAAAACCCUUGACACAGCGGACUACAACGUGGUCGUCAUCAGCCCUAAAAACUACUUCCUGUUCACCCCUCUGCUGCCUAGCGUUGCUGUCGGCACACUGAACCCGCGAUCUAUCAUUCAACCAACGCGUUACGUCACUCGCCAUAAAAAGCGCGCCGUCUCCGUGAUUGAAGCCGAAGCCUCUGAUAUUGAUCCGAUCAACAAGACUAUCACCUUCGCUGACAACUCGGAAAUCCAAGGUCAAGUCUCGACAACUACAAUACCGUACGAUUACCUGGUCUACGCUGUGGGAGCUGAGGUGCAAACCUUCAACAUCCCGGGCGUGAAAGAAAAUGCGUGCUUUAUGAAGGAAUUACAUGACGCCGAAAACAUGCAACGGCGAUUCAUGGACUGCGUUGAGACUGCCGCAUUCCCUGGUCAGGCGACUGAAGAGGUCGACCGGUUACUUCACAUGGUUGUGGUUGGUGGUGGUCCGACUGGUGUCGAACUGAGCGGCGAGCUACAUGAUUUCCUCGAGGAUGAUCUCAAAUCCUGGUAUCCAGAACUUGCUGGCAAAAUCCGCAUCACCCUCGUCGAAGCCCUCCCAUCGGUGUUGCCCUCUUUCAGCAAACAGCUCAUCAACUACACCGAAUCCACGUUCAAGGAGAGUAAGAUUGACAUUCUGACAAAGACCAUGGUCAAAGAGGUCAAGGAGAAAAGUGUGGUCCUUCAGAUGCCAGAUAAAAGCAUCCAGGAGAUGCCUUGUGGAAUGGUCGUUUGGGCUGCUGGCAACAAAGGCCGAAAGCUCACUCAAGACCUAAUGGCUAAACUCCCCACAACACAAACCAACAGGCGUGGUCUCCUCGUUGACGACUACCUAAGAAUGCAAGGUGCCCAAGACAGCAUCUUCGCCAUCGGCGACUGCACCGCCACGUCCUACGCACCCACCGCCCAAGUCGCUUCUCAACAAGGUGCCUACCUCGCGCGUGUCCUAGGCAGCCUGGCGAAGAAGGAGAACCUCAAAAAUAUGUUGCAUCAGCUCGAGAGUAGUAUUGAUCAGGUUAAGGGAGAGGAGGAGAAGAAAGCUGCUGUAGCGGAGAUUGAGAGCGUUAGGAACCAAUCGGCGAAGAUUAAGUUGAGGCCGUUCCAUUAUUCGCAUCAGGGAUCUUUGGCGUAUAUCGGCUCGGAGAAGGCGAUUGCUGAUUUACCCUUCAUGAACGGAAACAUCGCUAGCGGAGGCGUUGCCACCUACCUCUUCUGGAGAAGCGCGUAUCUCAGCACACUUUUCUCCCUUCGCAAUCGUACGCUCGUUGGUACUGACUGGGUGAAGGUCAAGCUAUUUGGACGUGAUGUAUCCCGGGAGUAAAUUGACUUUCUGCUGCCGAGUCCUAUGGUUCUCUUCCUACACGGUCAGCCUCCGGCCUUCGGUCUCGAGAUGGUCAAAUUCGUCCAAUGGGCAUGGACGCUCAAACUUAUCGUCCUCGAUCCAACGAUUGAUUAUUUAAUAAUUCCUCCCCAUAGAUGUGCACGUUUUUUGUCUUCGUUCAAACCUCAAUGUAGAUGGUGUAGUUACUUUUUUGUGACACGCUCA